AGUGAAAUAACCCCGCUCCCCCAAUUCUGUCGGGUGCAGAAACGCGAGCAGAAGAACUUAGAUCGUUUGGAGGAGUACUACUCCGAGUGUUUGUUUAUCUCUUGGAAAAAGAGUGAAGAACUUCAACUGUAGCUGUACAAGAGAAGGAUAAAAUGGCCAAAGCCACUGCCAUGAUGCACCUUCUCGCGGCCCAAAUGGCCGCGGCUAUCGAGUCGUCGAAAACUACCCAUUUCUGGGUGGGAAACGAGAACACUGGAGCAGCUCUACUGCAAGUGGACACAAGCAAAGACAAGAAGGUCGGCUGGGCCAUCGGGUAUAAACGCAGAUUCGACGAGACGCAUGUCGCAAAAAAGGUACAUAUCCUUACCUAAGUGGCUAUAUGAUGUAUAACAUUUUUGAGAUUGAGAAUAAAGAGUGAGAUAACACGGACUAACGUAAAGACUCAGCCAGAAAUCAAACUGCUUCUAAUAUUGAGACUCAAGCCAUCAUUUUCACGAUCUCGUGAUUGUUGACAGCUAGUGCAUCCGUUUUCUUGCCCCUUCGGGCGGACCUUGGACUUCAGGCCAAGCCAACAGCUUUGGGCGUGGAUUGGUUCGCUUGUCGCAAUGUUGUGUGACCUGCUGCAGCAAACACUUUUCUCAAUACAUUGCUGUUUCUUUCAUCGAUUCAUUUGAUUUUGUGAGAAAAUGCGAAAAGGCGGGGCAGCUAAGUAGAGUAAAGUAAAGUCAAGCAGCCGGCCUCGUUCCAAUUUCGCGCGCAGCUGCUGCGUUGUGCUACUUCGCCGGGCGAGUCGCACGUGUGUACUCUGCCGGGCCCGUAGGUGCUGUGUGUUAAGACCAUCUACUGCAGCAAGGGAAUGAAAAGCUUUAAGCGAUGCAAUGAUGACGAAUGGAGAAAUACACCCUCAUUCAUGAAUAAUCAACACGACGAACUGAAAUAAACUCAGGCAAGAGCGAUAGAGGAGAAACCGUGCAAAAAAGCGUGCGGAUACAAUGUCAAUGGCACGCCUUCGGCAUGGACGACGUGUUACAACCGAGGAAUGGUUUGUCCGGAAUUUUGCAAUCUUUCACAGUCAGCUCUUGCUGAUUGUCGUCCCGAGGCCCCAUCUGCAAGGCGGGUCAUUGACUUCCAAGUGUAG